UCAUCAUCAUCAUCAUCAUACAGCAGAGGAGGAGAGAUGUCCAGUCGGAAGGCUGGUCGACCUGGAGCCGGAGCCGAGCCCCAGAUUGGAGGGUGAUGAUGGGGGUCGGAGGGAGAAAAAGCCCCCGGAUGAGGCCGGCGCAGACAGACGAGAGGCGUACAACAUGUCCCGUCUGCGCAGCUCCUCUCUGGAGAUCAAGGAGAAAGGCACAGAGUUCCUCCGAGAGCAGCUGGACGCAGCACAGAAGGAGCUGAAGCUGAAGGACGAGGAGUGUGAAAGACUGUCUCAUGUCAGGAAUCAACUGGAGCAGGAGCUGGAGGAGCUGACUGCCAGUCUGUUUGAGGAGGCUCAUAAGAUGGUUCGAGAAGCCAACGUGAAGCAGGCGGCGGCUGAGAAACAGCUGAAGGAGGCGCAGGGAAAGAUCGACGUCCUGCAGGCAGAGGUCAGCGCUCUAAAGACCCUGGUGUUGACCUCUACACCCUCGUCUCCGAACCGCCAGCUCCACCCGCAGCUGCUGUCGCCAGGCUCCAGUCGGGCCUCGUCUCGACCCUUCGGACACACGCGCAACAAGAGCGCCAGCGGAGCCCUGCAGACGGAGCCUACAAACCCUGAGAAAGACACAGUCCACCAUGACAGAGAGCUGGACUCAGUGCUGUUUGCAGAGUUUCUGUCCUGGAAGGAGUGUCCGAAUCUGGAGCGAUCAUCUGCAUUCAUCAGUCGUGUCUACAGAGAGGACAUCGGGCCCUGCCUGUCCUUCACCUCCGCUGAGCUCUCCCAGUCAGUCCAGCGCUGUGUGGAGAAUAACUCUCUGACCAUUGAGCCCGUCAUCACAUCCUCCCUGCCCACCGACAAAAACAUCCAUCAAGGAGGAACAAACGGUUGCUGGACACCAAUAGAAACUAAGUGUGCGCUGAGUGGAUUGACGCGCCCCUGCAGACACCGCAUUAAACUGGGAGAUAAAGAGAACUAUUAUUAUAUUUCUCUAUCCAGCAGAGCUCGAAUCACCGCAGUGUGUAAUUUCUUUACAUACAUCAGGUACAUCCAGCAAGGCCUUGUCAGGCAGGAUGUUCAGCAGAUGUUCUGGGAAGUGAUGCGGCUGCGGAGAGAGAUGAGUGUGGCUAAACUAGGCUUUUUCCACACCGAGCACAGCUAAAACGCACACACACACACACACACACACACACACCCACAUUAUCAUUUCACACACUCCCAUGAUGCUUUGCUUAGAGUUACCGUAAAUUAUAUCCGUAAAUUAGCGGUUUUUCGUAUUUUAUCUAUUUGCGUAUUAAAUAUUACAACACUUGAAUAUUCACAAUAUUUUCAACGUUUGUUCUCCAGUUUUAAGAAAAAUAAAAUCAUUGUGUUGUAUGUUUAGGAAAUAUUACAAAACUACAAUGAAAAAAGUUACAUCAAGCAUUUGAGCAACAACGUAUAAACGUUUAUUAAUAGUAUCAGAUCUGCAAUUGGAACGCAAUAUUACACAAUAAAAAACAACACUAGGCUGCUUUCUGUCCCAGCAUGCUUUGUGCCUCGGUGAACAGUUUACAAUCUUUUCUAUGCAAACCUCAAUCUAAGCGGCUUAGUCUGUUACUGACGUCCUGUAUAAUAUGGAUACUGAUGAUCACAAUCUAUCAGCAGGUUGUCCCAUGAUGCAUUGCACUCAUAUACUGUAGAUAAUAGCUGCUGCAUGCUAAACAGUCGCUGUCUUACAGCACAGAUACAGUGUUUACAGUAGAGCUGGCCUGCGAUGAACUGACUGGACUUUUAUAUGAUGUCUACACUCCGCUCCAUCACUUAAGUACCGUUUAUCGCAAGUUGAAGCGCCUUGUUGUGUUUCAAAGAAGCUUCUUAUGUGUUUUUAGCCUAUUAAAAAUAAUCUUCGAAAUA